CAGCAGUUACAGAAUAUGGCUCUGGGGGUUGCAAUGGUAGUCUGCCUGCUGUUCAAAGCCAUGGCGGCCACACUGACGGAAGAAGAAGCUGAGGUGCGCAUGGCGCCUCCUACCCCAGCACCGCAGAGCAACCGGACAGUUAACAACACAGAAGCUGACUACAUAGAAGAACCUGUAGCUUUGAAGUUCUCCCACCCUUGUCUGGAAGACCACAACAGCUACUGCAUUAAUGGAAUGUGUGCCUUCCACCACGAGCUGGAGAGAGCCAUUUGCAGGUGCUUUACCGGUUAUACAGGAGAAAGAUGUGAGCAUUUGACCUUAACUUCGUAUGCUGUGGAUUCUUACGAGAAAUACAUUGCAAUCGGGAUUGGCGUUGGAUUACUAAUUAGUGCUCUCCUUGCUGUCUUAUAUUGCUAUGUAAGAAAAAGAUGCUUAAAUCUGAAAUCACCGUACAUCAUCUGCUCUGGAGGGAGACCAUUGUGAGACCUUACAAGGCAUAUUCUCCAAGUCAUUUGUCAAAAGCAAUGGGGACUCGGAUGGAGAUCUUCAGAUGAUACAGAAUGUGACAAACUAGCUUGAAGAUAAUGGAAGUUUGGGUCACAAUGCAAUACGAGGAUAACAUUGAGCAUUGAUUGGUUCUCAGGUUUGCUGUCUUCGGUGCCACAGGAGCUAUGUGAACAAGCUACACAGACUCCAAGUUUACAGUGCUACUUUGGGCUUGUUAUUGUGUGGUCAUUGCCACUGUAGGAGGACUUGUUUCAUGCUUCUGAUCAUCUCAAAUGUGAAUUUUCAU